AUUUUACAUCAAGUGUUGAAUGGAUUUCAGGUCUCAAACCAAAUACAAAGCAAGAAACCAAGUUCAAGGAAGUGAUUUUGGAGCAACCAGAUCUUAAAAUAACAGCGAAGCGCGCCGCCUCCUCAGUGGAUGCUAUUUUUUCUGUUAUUGUUGAGCCAGACCUACACACUCCAGAACUUCUGGGAGAGUACUUGAGAAUUGUCAAACCCAAUGGAAAACUCACAAUGAUUGAAUCGGUGCUUACUGAAGGAACAACGGCAAACAAUUCUCAGAUCUCAAGGUUCGGGAACGAGCUGAUAUCUACUUUGAAAAUAGCGGGAUGGACAGAUAUAUCCGAUUUGAAGAUCUUAUCGAAUGGGAUUUCGCUGGGAUUUGCCUUUGUGGAGGUGACUUGUAAGAAGCCGAAUUUCGAAGUUGGUGCUUCGAGUCAGUUGAAAUUGAACGUGAAGAAGUCGGCUGCGGCUGCGGUGUGGACCCUGGACGAUGACGACAUGAUGGAGGACGACCUCAUCGACUCCGACAAACUUCUCCAACCGGACGAUCUUAAGAAGCCGGUAGCCGAGUCGCUCAAAGUUGGCUGUGGAGUGGAGGUGGCGGCGGGAAAGAAGAAGGCGUGCAAGAACUGUUCGUGUGGAUUGGCCGACAGCCAAGCUGAGAAGAGCAACGACAAACCUGCUCAGCCGGCAGCUACCUCAUCCUGUGGCAAUUGCUACUUGGGUGACGCAUUCAGAUGUUCCUCGUGUCCCUACCUGGGCAUGCCAGCCUUCAAGCCCGGUGAAAAGAUUCAGCUCUCCGACAGACAACUCAAGGCGGAUGCGUGAGAAACUUAGAAUGUAAACAUUGCGAUUCCUUUAUCAUGCAUUACAUUUUGUUAACAUUUUUGAACAAUAAAUUGUGUAAUUAGUGAGUA